AUGACUACUUGGACUAAAGUGUUCUUGCUAAUAGGCCUUGGCCUUCUGGCGGUCGAUGCGGCGGCACCCUGGUGGAAGACAGCCUCCUUCUACCAGAUCUAUCCUCGUUCCUUCAAAGAUACCAAUGGCGACGGAGUUGGGGACUUGAACGGAGUCACCGAAAAGUUAGAGUAUCUGAAGGAGAUUGGCGUUACGGCCACAUGGCUGUCACCUUUCCUCAAGUCACCUAUGGCCGACUUUGGAUAUGAUAUAUCUGACUUCAAGGAAGUGGAUCAACUGUUCGGAACUAUGGAGGACUUCGAGAACAUGGUGUCCCGUGCCAAGGAGCUUGGUGUUAAGAUCAUUCUUGACUUUGUGCCCAACCACUCGAGCGACGAGUGCGACUGGUUCCUCAAAUCGGCUGCCGGCGAGGAGCAGUACAAGGACUACUACAUUUGGCACCCGGGAUUCGUUGAUGAGGAUGGAAACCGCCGCCCACCCACCAACUGGGUGAGCGUGUUCCGUGGCAGUGCCUGGGAGUGGCAUGAAGGUCGCCAGGAGUAUUACUUGCACCAGUUCCACAAGAAACAACCGGACUUUAACUUCCGAAACCCUGUGGUGCGUGAGGAGAUGAACAAUGUGCUCCGGUUCUGGUUGGAGAAGGGUGUCGAUGGUUUCCGUGUGGAUGCCAUUUAUCAUGCCUUUGAGAUCGAAGCCGACGAGAAUGGAAACUAUCCGGAUGAGCCCCGCAACGACUGGACCGAUGAUCCAGAUGAGUAUGGAUACACGCACAAGAUCUACACCGUUGACCAGCCGGAGACUCCCCAUUUGGUCUACGAAUGGCGCCAAAUCCUAGAACAGUUCCAAGCUGAUAAUGGCGGCGAUGAGCGCAUUCUCAUGGUGGAAACCUGGUCCCCCAUCGAGAUCGUUAUGGACUACUAUGGCAACUCUACCGCCGAUGGUGCCCAGAUACCAUUUAACUUCCAGCUGAUAAGCAAUCUGCACUACGACUCCGAUGCCUAUCAUUACGAGUACCUGAUUAACAACUGGCUCAAUCUGAUGCCCGAAGGCAAGAGCGCCAACUGGGUGAUUGGCAACCACGACAAGAACCGAGUGGGCUCCCGUUUCGGUGCCGAUCGCGUGGAUCUGUUCAACAUCCUGCUCCUAACCCUGCCCGGGUGCAGCAUCACCUACAACGGUGAGGAGCUAGGCAUGCUCGAUGGCUAUGUGUCCUGGGAAGACACCGUCGAUCCGCAGGCCUGCAACGGCUAUGAGGCAACCUACAUGGACAACUCCCGAGACCCGGCUCGCACUCCGAUGCACUGGUCCGACGAGACGCUGGCUGGAUUCACUACGGGGAACAGCACCUGGUUGCCAGUGGCUUCCGACUAUACCCAGCGUAAUGUGAAGACCGAACGUGGAGUAUCUUUGAGCCAUUUGAAUGUGUUCAAACGACUGCAGGCUCUGCGCCAGGAGCCCAGCAUUGCGGAAGGAUCUGCCGAGAUCAAGGCGGUGAGCAACUAUGUUUUGGCUGUCAAGCGCCACCUGAGCGGCGACUACGUUUACAUCUCUCUGUUCAACAUCUUCGACUCGAUUGAGAAUGUCAACCUGUCCAAUGUUUUCGACGAUCUUCCCCAGAAGUUCCAGUAUGCUCUGGUCACCGAAAAGUCCAUCAAGAAGGUCGGAGAUCAGUUGUCCACCAGCAGUGUCACCCUCAUGCCUCAUGAGUCCAUUGUUCUGCGAUCCACAGUGACCGUUUAAGGUUAAUAAUGCUUCGAUAAAUAAAAAUUAUUGCACAUUUUAA